AUGUGUGCCUAUGAGCUCCAGCUGCCCACCCCCGUUAACCUGGUGACCUUCCACCGCCAGCCCCAGAGGACCAAUGAGCUGGCAGCACUCACCGCCGAUGGACACUUCCUAGUCUACGGUCAAGGUGGGCCACCUAAAGCUUUGAGCAUCUGCCCUCUCCUCUCUAACUGAUCAGCCAUCACUCUUCUCUCUCACUUCACCCCUACUCUCUUGAUGCAUACACUGAGUAUACCAAACAUUAGGAACACCUUCCUAAUAUUGAGUUGCACCCCACCCCCCUUUUGCCCUCAGAACAGCCUAAAUUCAUCAGGGCAUGGACUCUACAAGGUGUCAAAAGCAUUCUACAGGGAUGCUGGACCAUGUUGACUAACAUUUUUCCCACAGUUGUGUCAAGUUGGCUGGAUGUCCUUUGGGUGGUGGACCAUUCUUGAUACACACGGGAAACUGUUGAGUGUGAAAAACCCAGCAGCAUUGCAAUUUUUGACACAAACGGUACGCCUGGCACCUACUACCAUACCCAGUUCAAAGGCACUUAAAUAUUUUGUCUUGCCCAUUCACCCUCUGAAUGCACACAUACACAAUCCAUGUCUCAAGGCAUAAAAAUCCUUCUUUAACCUGUCUUCUCCCCUUCAUCUACACUGAUUGAAGUGGAUUUAACAAGUGACAUCAAUAAGUGAUCAUAGCUUUCACCUGGUCAGUCUGUUAUGGAAAGAGCAAGUGUUCUUAAUGUUUUUUGUACACUCAGUGUAUAUGUCUACGAUCUCUUUCCUCUUCCUCUCCAUCUCUUUUCCCACUCACACUGUGGUGUUGAUUAAUUGUUAAGACAGGUACUGGGUACAUAAAUCCUGGCUGCUUUUGUGUCUAAUUCUGUAGUAUGUUCAGGUACUGGGGACCAGAGUGAGCCUGCAGCCAGACUGGGAGGAUUCCGGUCGAUCACACAUGCCCCUCAGUUAAAGACAACCUACAGGUACAAUCAGGACAGUCAUUCCAAAGCAUUUUAGUUUAUGACCCUCACGCUAAAGUUGUAUUGCGCCCUAACAUUGUGGCUGUGUUGCGUGCAGGGUUUUGGUGGAUCAGGAGGAGCCCCUGGCUCUGUGUCUCCUGCUGUGGCUAGGAUGUGUUCCUGGGGGUGGGGGCCUGUGCAGAGGGGCCGUCCCAGUCCACACUGCUCAUCCUGAGACCCUCGGAGGCCCAGAGCCCCCAGCCAACCUUGGAGAUCAAGUAAGAAUUAACAAUAAAUUACAACAACGCUGCUUUUUACGUGCUGUCAGAACGUUCCCCUAAUUGUUUGUAUCCCCAGGUCAUGUGUGGAGGUGGAAGGUCACGUUAUCAGCAUGUGUCACAAGCUCCAAGACGGGCACGGUGGCCCUGCAGCUGGAGGACGGCCAGAUCAGGAAGUUCCUCUGGGGUCAGUGACAACUACUUCCUGGGUUAUGAGAAUAUUGCUUGUAGACUUGCUUGUGGAAUUGAGCCAGCUAUCAUGAGAUGUCUUCUAUGUCUCCAGCCUGAGCAGCCUUGUGUAUGUCCCCAGACUCCCUGAAGCCUAGUGUGGUGGAGUGGCAGGACUCGACAGGCUGCAGCAUUAACUUCCCAGAUCCCUGUGUGCAGACGGCCCUCUGUACUAUAGAAGAGGUAAGGGUACAGUCCAACUGAAUACUGCUGUCACCGAAAAUGACUUAGUAUCAUUUGGUGAUUUGAUAAUAUUGAUUAUUGUGCCAAAAGUACCUAUCUCCUGGUCUCAAAUCUAGGGGAUUUUUUGUAAUGUCAACAGGAUUAUAGGAGCAUCUGCUUGGGCUUACGGACCGAUCUCACCUGUUUGUUGGCGACACAGAGGUAUGUCUGUUGUUCUCUCUUGGUGAUUCAGCACAAAGGCAGAGUUACUAUUAUGAUUGAUGCAAACACACUUCUUACUUAGAUUAAUUUAGCUGCUUGCCUCGUGCAUUUAAUGCAAAGCCAGGUCAUAUUCAUUCAAAACAUUUAACUUUAUUGACCAACCUGUUUGUGUCACUGCCUCCCUCUGUUCUUCAUCCACAGGUGGCCUCCAACGUCUCCUCCUUCGUGGUCUACGAUGACUUCCUGCUGCUCACCACACACUCGCACACAUGCCGCUGCCUCCGACUCAGCACACUCACCGUCAAAGGGCUGCAGGUGGCCUUGGCUGCAGACAGAGGUCAGAAUCAGAAUGACCAGAAUCGUCACUGUGGUCCCCCAGGACACCAGGCUCAUCCUACAGGUCUGAACUGUUCCGCCUGUCAUUAA